UGCACUAUUGCAGUAAAAACGAGUAUUAUUUUCUUUCCAACUGCAUUUGCUUACUUUUCAUGAUUGAAUUAUUGUUGCUUAUUGUAAAGAGCUUGUGAAGAGUUCCUGAGCUGCAACGCUGGUUCCUUAAAUCUCUGUAUUGUGAAAGAUAUCCUGAAUUUCCGUUUCGUGUGCUUCUAGGCUAUUAUGAGAUGAAUGGUUUCAGCACUGAAGAAGAGACUCCUGGUUGUCACAAUCAAGUGUGCUGUCUCUUAGAUGAAGGGGAGCGUUGUACUCAACCAGCUGGAAAUGCCAGCUAUAACAAGAGAAUCCAGAAAACUGUUGCUCAAAAGAAAUUGAAACUUAGCAUCGAUCCUAAUGCGAGACACAUCUACAUCUGUGAAUAUCACAAGGGAGUAAUUCAGAGCAUCAGGAAUAAACGGAAGCGUAAAGAAAGUGAUGAUGAUAAUGGUUUGAAUGACCAGGAUAUGGAUGUUCCUGAAGUUGAUCUCUAUCAACUACAAGUAAGCGCCUUGCGAAGAUAUAAACGUCAUUACAAAAUUCAAACUCGUCAAGGUGUCAAUAAAGCACAACUUGCUGAAACUCUGUCAAGGCAUUUCAAAACGAUUCCUGUGAAUGAAAAAGAAGCUAUAACCUAUUUUAUAUACAUGGUGAAAAACAAUAAAAAUAAACUCGAUCAGAAAAAUGGGACUGAAUCAUCAGGGACUUGAGUGUUUUAACGUGUAUAGUUUUUAAAAAUGUAUAUUUUUUGUAGAUUUUAUGUUGACUCAAGGAAAGAAAAAUGUUACAUUUCAUGAAAUACCUCAGAAUAUUUAUUCCAUUUUUAAAUGCUAUCGAGUCUCAUUACUGCAUUUUUUUAAACUAAAACAAUACUGUAUUUUUUAAAACAGACAAUUUUAUUUUAAAAUAAAUACUUGGUUCACAUAAUAGUUUCUUGAAGAACCAUGUCCUUUUAUUUUAUGGGUCAUUCUCGCAGAAGUAGUCAUUUUCAUGUCAAUGUUAUUGAUUACGGAUGUUUACGACAUAAUUUUAGGGAUUUAAAUAGUUUUCAGAAUAGAGUUUUAUGAGGUAAUAAAAGUAAAAUCAUUGUUUUAUUUUUUUUAAUGUACUUUAUAUAAGUUGAAUGUACCAAAAUGUCAUUCCCUCACUGUCCCCACUGUUAACAAAAGUAAGCUAAAAUUAUUUUCAAGCAAACAAUAUGUUCAGUAAGUUACGCCCUAUAGCCAGGUUUUUGUGUUUUCCAUUUAAAAAUAUUGAACAACAUAAUGCAAAAAAUGCAUUUAAAGUUUUAUCCUCAGUGAGUUGUGUCUUCCCUGUUCCGCCACAAUAGUCAAUUAACCCUUCAGAAUCACAGUUAAAAAAAAUAGCAAAA